AUGCCCAAACGCAAGGCCCAAGCUCUCGAUGCUCAGCCGGCGAGUAAACAAACGCGAUCGACCAAGACUCAACAGAGCAUAUACACCUUCAGCAGCGUAGCGAAGCCCAAUGUGGCUGCAAAUGAAGGGAAGAAGCGAAAGACAGUCCAUCCUCGAGAAGCUACACCUCCACCUGCGCCGGUAGCGAAAUCGAUCGCGAAGACCAGCAAGAGAAAGCGCGAAGCAAUUGCCGAUGACUCGGACGAAGAGAUCAUAGUAGCAUCCAAAGCGCCAGAAUUCAAGGCACCACCACAGCCCAAGGUCUCUGCAACACCACGCGCAAAACGUGUCAAGAAUGCGCCUCCUCCUACUCCUCAAGAAACGCCGAGCAAGAAGGCAGCGGCACUUUUCGACCGAUUAAAGAUUGACGGCAAUGCACGCGCGAUACCGCUUGAUCUGCCCCAGCAGCAGUUGACUUACGACACACCUCCCAAAACGCCA